AUGAACAGUUCUAACCGUAGACGAAAUAGAGUUGUGGGAAAUAAUACACCUGCACUAUCUACUGAGGAAAUUGAACAUGUAUUGGGUACUGCUUCUCCCGUUAGACAAAUAAACCCAUCUCUAUCUAGUAGGAGGAGUCAAAGACAUUCGCCCUAUCCCACUUCAACCCGUGAUAAUAAUAACACUAAUAUGCGGAACAUAGAGUCUUUGACUCAUAUAAACAUUCCAGAUAUGAGAAAUUCUGAGCAAAAUAUUACAUCUAAUAUGCGGAGCAUAGAAUCUCCGACUCAUAUGAUCGAAAAUCAGCAUGUACGAUUUAAUCGUGUAACCUACCGAUUGUUAACAUAUGUGUCUGUGACACUAGCUCCGCUAUAA